UGUGCUCAAUCUAAAACUACUUUAAAAAGUGUUAUUCAGCACUAUUAUGCAUGCAGCUUUAUGACCUCAUAUAAAAAAAAAAAAACUUAAAUGAAAAUGGUCAAAUACUUUAAAGAAAUAGUGACCAGUUGUAGAACCAAAAACUCUCAGAAAAAGAGGUACUGUUUAAGGUACAAGUCUGUAUCUCAACAAAAUGUAUAACUCGUUUUGGGUACAUAAUUCAGCCUGGUCUCAUCAACAUUACGUGACCAUGACAACAUUUUUGCAAUACGAAAUUACAUGCCUUAUUUCAUGUUUGGCUGGAGUUUUCCACUGAAAUGUCCAGUGGGGGGCGCCAAAAGCGAGUGAAAAGGUGUCGUAAUCAGACAAGGUUUUUAAAGGUGCUGUAAGUGAUUUUUACACUUAUUUCAGUGAAAGAUAUCACUGAAAUAAGUGUCAUGAGGUAUCUCACCAGUCUCUGUGACAGCUCUACAAAAAUGAGUCCGCGGUCUCUGACGCUUUCUGCCUGUCGAUCAUUUUGUGCUUUCUCAAGGUGUUGUCAUUGCUAAGAAUUAUUGAGGCUUAAUGCCAUAUUAUGAUUUAUUAUUUGUCAGUUGCUAUAUGUCACUAUUUCACUACUGUUGUGUUUGACAACCGUGGGAACAUGUUUUGCGGUGUUUUGGAAAGAGGGUGGCCUCGUGGAAGUUAGAACGUCUAAAAUUGCUUACAGCACCUUUAAAGUGAAUAUUAGAUGGAGGUUUUAAUGAGUAAAACUUACCUCCCUAAUCUAAAACUUUAACCUAAACCUAACCAAUAGUGAUCUGAAAUCAAAUGAGAGGUAGACACAAAACAGAUAUCCUUACCCUUAACCAAUACCUAAACAUAAACGAUAGUGUCCAAAAACAAAAUAAGUUUUUAUUUUCUGAAGCAGUUUUCGUCUAAGAAUUUCAUCUCACAUGUCAGCUUGCAUGCUUGACUGGUGUAAAAAAAGAUGUAUUUUUUGUCUCCUUAAGGGUACAACUAUGUACCCAACAGUACAUCCACAGUGACGGCUUUGUUCUUUAAACAGUGCAGUACAGUUUUUUUUUUGUUUGUUUUUUGUUUUUUGGAGAGUAAAGAUAUACACUCACUUAGAACUUUAUGAGGAACACUAUGGUCCUAAUAAAGUGCCCGACGUGGUCUUCUGCUUUUGUAGACCAUCUGCCGCAAGGUUCGAAGUGUUGAGCAUUCUGAGAUGCUAUUCUGCUCACUACAAUUGUACAGAGUGAUUAUAUGAGUUACCAUAGCCUUUCUGUGAGCUCGAACCAGUCUGGCCAUUCUCUGUUGACCUCUCUCAUCAACAGGAGGAUAAGCAUUUACUGAAAUACUCCAAACCAGCCCGUCUGGCACCAACAAUCAUGCCAUGGUCGAAAUCACUGAGAUCACAUUAUUAUUUUCCCAUACUGAUGGUUAAUGUGAACAGUAACUGAAGCUCCUGACUCAUAUCUGCAUGAUUUUAUGCAAUGCACUACUGCCACACGAUUGGCUGAUUAGAAAAUCGCAUGAAUAAGUAGGUGUACAGGUGUUCCUAAUUCUCAGUGAGUGUAUCAUUUCCCUAGACAUUCAUAUAAAUUUUAACCUAAAAUCUUGAUCUUGAAUUCUGCCAUCAGUUAUUAACCCUCACGUUGUGCCAAACCCAAAUUUCUAUCUUCCGUUGGACACAAAAGGAGAUGUUAGGCAGAACAACCUAACAACCUCAGUCACCAUUCACUUUGAUUGUAUGGAUAAAAUAUGCAAUGAAAGUGAAUGGAGACUGAGACUAACAUACUGCCUAAAAGCUCCUUUUGUGUUCCACAGCAGAAAGAAAGUCAUAUGGGUAAGGAACAACAUGAGGAUGAGUAGAUGAUGACAGAAGUUUAAUUUUUGGGUUAACUAUCCCUUUAAGCAAUGUCUUGUGAGAUUUUAGCAGAUUUGAAGAGAUGAAGAAUGCUGAAUAGAUGCAAAUUUCCCUUAGGCUAAUCCAGUGUGCAGUUGAUGGCUUUAACAUAUGCAUCUUUGCGUAUGGCCAUACGGGUUCGGGGAAAACCUUCACAAUGGUUGGAGAUAGAGAUCGGAGGAACCCAGGAAUCAUCCCGAGAACCUUCACCAAGAUCUUUGACAUAAUCCAAGAGAAUGAGUCUAAAUUUGAGUUUAAGGUUUCUGCCUACAUGUUGGAGCUAUACAACGACCGAUUACAGGAUCUCUUUGUAAGCCCCACUGAAGCAUUCUGCAAGCGAAUUGAAAUUAAGAGGGACAGAAAGGGGCUUGUGUUUGCCCAGGGAGCAGAGAUAAAGAAGGCAGCCAGCGCCGGCGAACUCUUUGCAUUAUUCGAGCAGGGCUGUGCAAACCGUCACAUUGCAGCCACAAAGAUGAAUGUAGAGAGUUCACGCUCUCACCUGAUCAUUGGCAUCAUGAUUGAGAGCCAGAAUCUAACCAAUGGGAGUGUGAGUUUCGGAAAGCUCAGUCUGGUGGACCUGGCAGGAAGUGAGCGAGCAGCAAAAUCAGGAGCCAAAGACGACCAGCUGAAGGAGGCAAACUCUAUUAACAAAUCCUUGAGUGCUUUAGGAGAUGUGAUUUCAGCAUUGUCAAUGGAGCAGCCUCAUGUGCCCUACCGUAACAACAAGCUGACCCAGCUCAUGCAGGACUCACUGGGGGGCAAUGCCAAGACCCUCAUGUUCCUAAACAUCUCACCCUCUGAUUGCAACCUGGAUGAAACUCUCACCUCACUUAUCUAUGCGACUCGAGUGAAAGCCAUCACCAAUAAUGCACAGAGGAAUGUGGACAACAAGGAAAUUGCUCAGCUGAAAGAGGUGAUAUUAAAACUUAAGUCAGGCCAGCCAGUGGAAGAAGAAGUCUGAGCUUCCAUAACAUGGGGAUAUGGUUUUGUUAUCAAUAAGGCCAUAUUCUUGUAUUUGCAUGUUUGAUAAAUGUAAAGCUGCAAUACUUAACUUCUGCACCUCUGAAUGGAAUUGCAAAAAUAAACACUUGUUUUCAA